AACUUCGUUUAGCCAAUAGGGUGAGAGAUCAAACCAGAAUCUACACGUACGCUUCUGUUGUGGAUCGACUGACGUGUGUAGUUUGAAAUGUCUCUUUAAUCGCUGUUCUAUGCUGGUCGGUGUGGUGUUUUAAUAAAAUAAAUACUGAAUUCUAAUGCGAAUAUUUAUGCUGUGACAAUUAUUCAGUUCCUCAUGUUAGCAACAUCGUGAAGGAUACUUUUUUUUUUCGCCUUUAUUUUGACUAUUUUCUGGACGAGAUAAAUGCUUGCUUUGGCGUUUUAGUUCCGUAGGUGUAAAACUGAGUUGUGUAGUCUGCCACCAUGAAGGAUCUGAAAGCAGUUCCUGACCCAAUGGGUCCAGCUGUCAUAUCCAGUGACCACGUACUGGAGCUGAAUAGUGUUUUCCACACCGGUCAAGUAGAACCUGGAACGUGUUUCCAGAAGUUGACUGGUUCCGUCCCAACAGGAACAGUGCUGAAGGAUGUGUCCAUGGAGGUGCAUGCCGGUGAAGUGAUGGCUGUACUGGGUUCUAAAGGUAGCGGAAAACGAGCCUUAUUGGAAGUAAUAGGUCGACGGGCUUUGGGCAUGACCAGAGGUCAGAUCAUACUGAAUGACAUAUCCUUGACCUUACAGUUGUUCCAAGAACAAUGCGGCUUUGUUCCCAGACAAGUGACCCUUCUACCGGGUUUGACCGUUCGUCAGACACUGAUGUAUUCUGCGCAGUUAACUAUCGGAUCUAAAGUUUCCAAGUCAAUGAAAAGAAACAGGGUGAAGCAAGUGAUGGCAGAUCUUGCUUUGAAUCAAGUAUCCAACCGGGAAGUCAGCUCUUUAAAGCCGAGUGAAUAUAGAAGACUAGCCAUUGGAAUAGAAAUCGUCAAAGAUCCAGUUAUGAUUCUAUUGGAUGAUCCGACGUAUGACCUUGAUCCACUGAAUACGUAUUUCGUGAUUUCCAUAUUAUCUAACCACGCCAAGAAGUAUAACAGAAUCGUUGUCCUCAGCAUGGAGAAACCAAGAUCUGACAUUUUUCCUUUCUUAGAUCGAGUAACCUACUUAAGUCUUGGCGAAGUAGUAUACACUGGAAGCACCAGAAUGUUACUUGAUUACUUUGGGAGCAUUGGCUUUCCAUGUCCAGAAUUAGAAAACCCUUUGAUGUAUUACCUUUGUCUGUCAACUGUUGAUCGAAGGACAAGAGAAAGAUUUGUGGAAUCUAGUACUCAAAUAUCUGCUUUAGUAGAGAAAUUCAAAGUAGAGGGUGCUCAUUAUAGGAAAUACUACUUACCUGUUACCGACACACUGGUACAGAAAGACACUCGUUAUAAGCUACCUCUUACUGCUUAUGGCCAACCUUCCAGUUGGCAAGUGUUAUGCACAUUAAUUAGCCGCCGCUUUUGCAUCCUUUUCAAUUGCAAUUCUCGGGCCCUUAGGGAACUGUUCCUGCGAUUGCUGCUCAUGCCUAUAUUCUUCACAUUAAUAUUCUUAUUUUAUUUUCCCAUCAAUGACUUUCAGCACAGUUUUUUGACUCGCAAUGGAUUGAUCUUGAAUUGUCUGGUGGCAGUGUCUUUCCUGUCUGCUGUAAUAACAGCUGUAACACAUGCCCCACACAGAAAUCGAUAUUACCAAGAGAGUCGAGAAGGCAUUUACAGAGGCCCACUCUUCAUGCUGUCCAGUAUAUUCUACAGUCUCCCUCUUAGCGUGGCAUCCGUAACAGCAGCAGCAACAGUAAUUUAUGCAGGAGCAAAACUACGUGAAGAAUGGGAAAAAUGGGCUACCUUCUGUGCAACUCUUUGGACUGUGUAUACAUUUGCUGAACAUCAGACAAUAGCACUUAUGAUGGUUAUACGAUCAUCAUACACCUCAUUCGUCACAAGCAUCUACAUUCUUAUUAUUUAUAUUACAUUCGCCAGCGGCACAGUGAGGAGCUUAACAGCAUUGCCCGAAUGGUUCUACUAUGUUAGUUAUGGUGUUAUCUAUCGCUAUGCUGGAGCUUUUCUACAAGAGAAUGAAUUCUCAGAUAAUCAGAGGUUGGAUCAUGCAAACUACCUCAAUGGUACUGAAGCACUUUCUUGUCCAACAAAUAUACCUGGAAGUUGUGUUUAUGUAAAUGGAAAUCAUUAUUUACUCCAAAAGUAUCCCGGCAAUGGCAGAAUUGAAGAUUCGGAUCUUCAGUACUGGAUGAAUUUUGGAUUAUGUUUUGUUUUUGUUGGUGGCAUGUGGGUCAUCAAUACUAUUCUUCAUUUGAUUCCUUUGCCGGCUUUUAUAAAAACAAAAUUUAGAAACUAACAUUAUAACCUUGUGAUAUGUUUUAAAUGUGAACUGAAUUAUAUUAAAAUUUUAUUUUUAUAUGUA